UAACUCCCUUUGCGCGCGCACACGCACACCUCCCCCAGCUGAUCUCAGAAUGAAACCCGCGGAUACUAGAAAUAGUAUUUCGAAUGGAAUAUCCCAUAGCCCCCCGCCAGCUCUGUCGGCAUGUAUCCUCAAAUCGGGGAGAGGGUUCCCGUGCAUCUUCCGCGGAAUCUGAGCAUUAAGGAGAGGGACACGAGCCGGGACGCGCGAGCGGACUCUUGCAAUAGAAGAGAGUAAAUCUUUUCAUGAUUUCUUUUUUUUUUUUUUAAGUGCAAGCGCAAUACUGGCUGGGACGUUUUGUAACGUAAUUAUAAAAUUGACAAAAACAACAAAUAAUAGAAAAGCGAGUGAGAUCUUCAGAUUUUUUCCCCACAACUGAACAGUAUCCUCACCUCCGCGCUGACCCGUUGCUUAUAGAUUGCUGCGCUUUUUUACGCAGUGGGAAAAGUGCCAUCGUUUCUAAUGAUCAGAGACGCCACUAAUGGGUAACGAGCUCCAGUGAAAUCUUCUUCACGUCGCGGAGGCAAGCUCGGUGCGUUUGAUCCCGGCCAAGCCGAAGUUAUGUCAGCGCUACGGAGGAAAUUUGGGGAGGACUACCAGGUUGUGAACACUAACAGAGGAGCCGCGUUUGCGGCGCCCGUCAAAAAGAAGCGGCAGCGCUUCGUCGACAAGAACGGGCGCUGCAAUGUGCAACACGGAAACCUCGGUGGGGAGACCAGCAGAUACAUCUCGGACCUGUUUACUACCUUGGUGGAUCUGAAAUGGAGAUGGAACCUGCUCAUCUUCAUCUUGACAUACACGGUCGCCUGGCUGGUGAUGGCUUCAAUGUGGUGGAUCAUCGCUUAUAUCAGGGGCGAUCUCAACCAAGGUCAUGACCAGUCCUACACACCGUGCGUUGCAAAUGUUUAUAACUUUCCGUCGGCUUUUUUGUUUUUCAUAGAGACAGAGGCCACGAUCGGCUACGGUUACCGCUAUAUUACUGAGAAAUGUCCCGAAGGCAUCAUUCUGUUCCUGUUUCAAUCACUGCUGGGCUCCAUCGUGGACGCCUUUCUCAUCGGUUGCAUGUUCAUAAAGAUGUCCCAACCUAAGAAGCGGGCUGAGACACUAAUGUUCAGCCAAGACGCCGUUAUUUCUCAGCGGGACGGCAAACUAUGCCUCAUGUUUAGAGUUGGAAACUUGAGAAACAGCCACAUGGUGUCCGCGCAGAUCAGAUGCAAACUCAUCAAGUCUCGACAGACCCCGGAAGGUGAGUUCCUGCCCUUGGACCAGUGUGAGUUGGACGUGGGCUUUGGGACAGGGGCGGACCAGCUGUUCCUGGUGUCACCUCUCACCAUUUGCCAUGAGAUAAACUCCAAGAGCCCAUUCUUCGACCUUUCCCAGCGCUCACUGAGGAGCGAGCAGUUCGAAAUCGUCGUCAUCUUAGAGGGCAUCGUGGAGACUACAGGUAUGACGUGCCAGGCUCGGACGUCCUACACGGAGGACGAGGUGCUCUGGGGUCACCGCUUCCUGCCGGUCAUGUCCCUGGAGGAGGGCUUCUUUCGGGUGGACUAUUCCCAAUUCCACAACACCUUCGAGGUGCCCACACCCGCCUACAGCGUGAAGGAGCACGACGAGAAGGCCUCGCUGCCCUCGCCGCUGGUCACGCCCACCCUGGGCGAGGGGCGGGGCCGGCCGGACCGCGUCUUCUCGGCGGACGGGCUGGACGCGGCGGAUGAGCGGCCGGUGGGGGCCAGGCUGCCCAGCAAGCUACAGCGUAUGAGCACCUCGGGGAAGGACGAGCUGCAGCGCAAGGUGCUGAAGUUGAGCUCGCACCAGGCCGAGAAGGCCUCCAGCACCGGGGACUUGCCGCUCAAGCUGCAGCGCCUGGGUUCCGCGCCGGCCCAGGGCGACGCCGAGGACAGGCUCCAGCUCCGGGCCCUCCGUGUCGACGUCGGGCCCAUGACCCAGUCCACUGGCGACCUCCAGCACCACCCCCCGCCCUCCCUGCACUGUCCCACCCCCGGCCUCGCGGCCAGCGGCCGGCCGGAGAACAGCCUCCCCGCCAAGCUGCGUAGGAUGAACGCCGAUCGCUGACACUUGGGGCCGUCAACCACACGAUGGACUCGGAAGGGUUUUGGGACUGCAGGGCGAUCAGGAGAGUGGACAGGAAGAGGAGAGAGCCUCUACACUAAAACUUUAACUUGGAGUACUGUGAUUUUUUGGUAACACUUUAAUUAAGGCCAUGUUUUUAGUAAUUUAUAAACACAUUCAUAGUAAAUAAUAAUGCAUUCAUAAAGCACUAUAAACCUGGCUAUAGAUAUUAACAAAAACGCCUAACACAUUAUAGCAAUGUUUAUUAUGCAUUAUGAAGCUCUCAUUUAUAAUGCAUUAUAGAUACCUUUAUAAUGCAUAACCAUUAAGGAUGCCUUGUUUGGCAUUAUGAUGGUUUCUAUAGUGCGUUAUAGAUGAGAGCUUCAUAAAGCAUUCAUAAUGCAUAAUAAACAUGGCUAUAAUGUGUUAUGCCCUUUUGAGAAUUAUUUAUAGCCAUAUUUAUAAUGCUUUAUGAAUGGAAAUAA